AUGGAGCGAGCUGGCAGUUUGUUCCACAAAUAUACAAAUUCCUACAUAGUUACUGUCUAUUUAGUCUUUACUCCUGUUUACACAUUAAUCUUUCAGCUCAAGGUUGUGGCCCAAGUCUACUCACCCUGUGAUUCCUUUAUCUUGGGUUGUGCUCCCUGCAAUGUGAUUUGCUCCAUUAUCUUCCACAAUCAUUUUGAUUAUAAAGAUCAGCAUUUUCUCAACUUUAUGGGAAAACAAAAUAAAAACCUGAAGAUUCUGAGCUCCCCAUGGAUCCAGGUCUGCAACAAUUUUCCUGUUCUCAUUGACUAUUUCCUAGGGAGUCAUAACACAUUCUUUAAGAAUGUUGCUGAUAUGAAACAGUAUUUUUUGGAGAAAAUAAAAGAACACCAAGAAUCCCUGGAUAUGAACAGUCCUCGGGACCUCAUCGACUGCUUCCUGAUCAAAAUGGAAGAGGAAAAGCACAAUCAACAGUUGAAUUUUAUUUAUGAUCAUUUGGUAAUCACUGUGGAUGGUGUGUUUAGUGCUGGGACAGAGACAGCAAGCACCAAAGAGAGAGUUGAUCUCCUGCUCCUAAUGAAGCACACAUGUCAGAGGUCUGACCACAGCAGAAGAAGUGACCUCACUUCACAACUUGAUUGUCUUCUGGGUAGUGUUGCACAUAUCCCAGGCUCAACCUUGGAAAUAGAACUCUCCAGUAGCAGAGAACAGCACCAGCAGCCUCCUACCCAGUUAGGGAAGCAGAUAUGUGUGGAAGAGGGCCUGGGUCCCAUGAAGCUCUCUUUAUUCUGGAUCGGUAUUGUACGACACUUUAACCUGAAUUCUCUGGAUAAAGAACUUGAUACCAGCACAUUUGCCAAUGCAUUUGCUUCUCUGCCACACAGGUUCCUGACUGUCUGGCUGCUUCUGUGUUGCCAUGGGCAGUCCUCUCCUCUGGGACGCUCUUCAUAUAUUUCCCCUCUUUGGUAUGCCUUCUCUGCCCUCUCUUCUCACAUUUCCCCAUUCCCACAGGAUCCAGACAACACUCUGUUCAUUUUAGAGUAUUUCCUGGGUCACUGUACAAAGACAUAUGCUAUUCCCUGGGUCCUGGUACACGAGCAUGGGUGA